GAGACAGCUAGUCGCGUACCUGUCUAGUGUCUGGUGAGCGCAAUCGUUACCGAGGCGCGUCGGUCUGCAUCGGCGGGCAUGCGCACACCAACCACACUCGCGUUCGACCAAGUUUAGUGAGAAGCGAGGAGGAACGGCACUGCACGCUGGCUGCGAGUGGUCGAGUCGCCGCCGCCGCGCCGCGCCGCCCGCACCCGCAGUCCUCCCGCCGCGCCGGCUCUGCGCGCUCCACGCUAACCGCACCAUGGUGAUGGACAACCGUGUAAACGAAGAUAACGAAACAGAACACAACUCAUCAAUUUUUAUAACAAAUUUUCAAAAUGGAGACAUCAUAAACUAUUCACUUGUUUUGAUAAAAGGAAUUAUAACAAGAGGCAAUUCCAAUAACAAUGACAAACUUACAUGCACACUGAAAGGUGAAAACUUUCAAAAUAAAUCGGAAUGGAGCGUUUAUAAUGGAGAAUUUAAAGUGAUAAUCGAAUUAAAUAGAGGUGAAAAUAUAAUUGAAUUGGAAUAUGCAGAGCAGCAACGGAAAACACUGCUCCUAGAUUAUACACCAAGAAAAACAAAUCUUCGGGUAACCCCAGUUUACAUAAUAUGCCAGGGCCACGAUGGAUGUUUUCAGAGCCCGCCGGAUAUUGAUAAUUCAAUAGAAAGUGCUUGUUCUCGAAUAGCUCUGGGGUCAAAGUUGAUACAGAGUUUAACAGCUGAAAAGCUUUUUGAAAGUGGAAUCGGAAGAAAAACAUUUCAACUUGAACAUGAAGUCAAUCCUAAAAAACCUGAAUGCAUUGUAUUUAAAAGCAGCCUCAACGUUAACAAGGCAAGAAAAAUGAAACAAACAGAAUUAUGGUCACAUUUUGGCAGAGAAUUGAUGCUUUCUGAUCUGGGAAGUAAUGAGAGAAAGUUCCUGGGAUUCAUAUCUUGUACGCGAUAUAAAGGUACUGACAUAGAUAAACCUAUGACACAUGAAGAAAUCAUAUCCCUUACCGAAGCUUAUGCUGCGCUAGGAGGAGGAGGCUUGGCACUGUUCGGAACUGCUUGCCUAUACACCUGGCCAACGACAGUAGAAGAAAUAGUACCCAAAUUCUUAGAUGCAACACCAGUCAAUGUAAGACGAUUUAUGGAUGACAGCGGUUACCGUGGAACCCUAGGAGGAUGUUUUGCUACUACUCUUGGAUCAGUAUUCCACGAACUGGGACAUACGUUUGAUCUGGGGCACACGAAAGAUGGCAUAAUGGGAAGAGGUUUUGACAACCUAGAUAGAGUUUUCGUUGUUGGAGAAAAACGGUCAGCUAUAGUAAAAGAUAACAUGAACAACUUUAGUGGAAAACCAGUACAACAUUCCACGGUAUCAUUACAGCGCAAUAUAAGUGUCACGAUGAAUGUCGCAGAACCAUUGCGAGUUUUAGGACCAAGAAGUAAAACCACCUUGGGAAAUUUUGCUGCCAUGUCUAAGUCGGACAUAAUAAGAAGAAGUCCUAAUGUCACUCCUAUAACCAGGCCUUCCAGUGUUUAUUCCAAUAUAACAAACAGACUGACAGAUUCAAAGAAAAAUAUUAAUCGAACAAAUGGAAAUGAUUCAAUUUACUGGACCCGAAAUUGUGCAGUGUUGUUAUCUUAUCACCGGUGGUUCAAUAAUGAGUAUGGAAGAGAAAGGCAAGCAAUUACAAGAUAUCUGAAAUUUGAUAAGAACAAAAUGAUGAUAAUUUCUACAGCUGGUAUUAGAAUAGUUGAAGUAAGAGAUGAGUCAAACGGAAUGGUAUUGGAUUCAUAUGAAUUUACAAAUCUUGUGCCAGAAAAAAGAUUCUUGGUUCCUUUUACAUUUUCACCAAAAACUAAAGUUUUGACGAUAGUUGUUGAAGAUGAUUUGGGAAACGUGUUGAAACAGACAUUUUCAUAUUAA